AUGGCAUUUGCAGGCGGUAAUGCCGUUGGCAUUGCCGAGCUUCUCGAGCGCGAGGAAAAGAAGGCCAAGGAGCGCAUCCGCCUAGAGAAAGCAGCCGAGCGCCGCGAGAAUGCAUUCACCGACACGCAGAUGGGAGGCAUGCCCUCAUCGGGCGACGGGCGCCUUGAGCGUUCAGACUUCUUCAGCUCAUCAUACCCAGUUGAUGACCCACACUCUUCUUCCUCCCGCCCGACCUCGUCAAACGGCCCAACCAAGCACAUCAACGGAGACCGCAAGUAUACGUAUACCAACGAGAGAAGCGAGAACGAUGAGCGUCGGGCUCGUCGGUCCCAGCAUGACCCAUUCGAGGACGAUGCGCAGGGCGGCACUGACCGUGACAGUAUAAACGGAACGAAGCGUAGGAGCCGUAGUCGCUCCCCUCGACCAGAUAGCCGUCGCUCCCACCGCUCUCGCGAGCGCAUCUCCGGCGGAGACUUCUAUCGUGGAGGCGGACGCUACUCCGCGGACCGCGAUGAUGACGAUGACAGAUACUACCGCCCUGGCUCCGACCGCCGUGGCCCUCGUCGCGAGAGCCGUGACCGCGGAGGCCGCGAUCGUGGUGGCAGGGACGACAGAGACCGCCGUGUCCGCGAACGUGACACGCGCGGCUCUCACGACAACCAUCGCUCGCCAGCAGGCGGCUAUAAACGUAAGACACCAGAGCCGACUGAUGAUGAGCGCGAUAGGCGUACCGUUUUUGUGCAGCAGCUCGCUGCUCGUCUUCGCUCGAAGGAUCUAAAGGUGUUCUUUGAGGCUGCAGGCCCGGUGGUCGACGCUCAGAUCGUUAAGGACAGGGUGAGCGGACGUUCCAAGGGGUAAGCGUCUUCUUUCAUCUCAUGCGGAAUGGAGUACUCACAGAAUUGCAGUGUCGGAUACGUUGAGUUCAAGGACGAAGAGUCAGUUCAGAAGGCCAUUGGUCUCACCGGGCAAAAAUUAAUGGGCAUUCCUAUUAUCGCUCAACUUACGGAAGCAGAGAAGAACCGCCAGGCCCGCACCAACGAAGGCGGCGCCACCCACUCGAACGGAAUUCCAUUCCACCGUCUCUAUGUCGGCAAUAUCCACUUCUCCAUUUCAGAGGAAGAUUUGAAGACCGUCUUCCAGUCCUUCGGUGAUCUUGAGUUUGUACAGCUCCAGAAGGAGGAGGGCGGCCGUUCGAAGGGCUAUGGUUUUGUGCAGUGAGUAAGAUUACACCGCUCUCGGAGAAGUUGAGACUGACUUGUUCUGAGGUUUGUUGAUCCUGCAGAAGCAAAGAAGGCCCUCGAGAGCAUGAACGGCUUUGAGCUCGCCGGUCGCCCGAUUCGCGUCGGUCUUGGAAAUGACAAGUUCACGCCGGAGUCCACGCAGAACCUCAUGCAGCGCUUCGGCAAUCAAGGUAACCACCAGGGCUCCUCCUUCUCUGGCAUGGGAGGUCGUGGCACGCAAGCUGGCGGCACCGGCAACUUCGACCGUCCAGCCGCCCGCGAUCUCGACAAGGCUGGUGGUGCGGGCGCACUCGACGACUCCGACGUGGGCGGCGUGAACUUCAGCAAUUACAGCCGCGACGCUCUCAUGCGCAAGCUUGCGCGUACCGAUGAGCCAGAGCAGAAGAUCGCUCCCAAGUACCAGGCAUCCAAGCCCAUCGUGGUCCAGUCGGCCCCAAGUCGCUGCAUCGUGGCCAAGAACAUGUACGAUGAGAACACGUGAGUAUACGCGCCGACUUAUCACGUCAAGGACAGAGCAGUAUGCUGACAAGCUUGUACAGUAAGGACGAGGGCCCGAACUGGAAAGAGCUCCUCCAGAAAGAUAUCGAAGAGGAGUGCAACGCCACCUAUGGUAAGGUCGUCCACGUCGGCAUCCCGCCAGAUGGCGAUCAGGGCCAGGUGUACAUCAAGUUCGCAGAGCUCAAGGGCGGCGAGAAGGCUCUCCGCGGCCUCAACGGACGCUACUUCGAUGGUAAGAUGGUCACGGCCGAUACGAUGGUUGAGGCGGUCUACAACAUGAACUUCCCACAGGCGAAGAACGCCUAA